UUUCUACUUCUUCUGCCGUAUAGGUGCUUUUAUACGUGGCCCCUCUGAGUUAGUAUUUGUUGCAAGCGAAAAAUCUUAAAGAGUUUUCUUAAUUUAUAGAUUAAAUAAUUACAAUUUGGUGUUGUAUAUUACGAAAGGAUUAUGAACUGCAAAACUUUCGGCACUUUGUGUGCGCUAAUUGUACUGCAAUUUCUGCGUGCCAGCGAGGCCUUCAUUGUGACGGUUGACGCACACAAUGAAGAGUGCUUCUUCGAGAAGGUGGAAGGCGGUACCAAAUUCGGAGUUACAUUCGAAGUAAUCGAAGGCGGCUUCCUCGAUAUUGACAUCAAAAUAACUGGGCCAGAUGAUAAUAUUAUACAUGAGAGUGAAAAAGAAUCUUCUGGGAAAUAUACUUUUUCCGCCGUCUCAACAGGUAUUUAUCGUGCUUGCUUCAACAAUGAGCGCAGCAGCAUGACACCAAAAUUGGUCAUGUUCUCGAUCGAGGUAAGCGAAUCACAGCAUCGAGCAGCGGGUGCGCCCAGCGAAGAAGAGGUGGGUCACACCAAAUUGGAGGAUAUGAUUCAGCAAUUGUCAGGCACGCUGACGGGUGUCAAGCAUGAGCAAGAAUACAUGCAUGUGCGUGACAAAAUCCAUCGCUCAAUUAACGAGAGUACCAACUCGCGUGUUGUCUUGUGGUCAACUUUCGAGGCGCUGGUGUUAGUGUUAAUGACCAUCGGGCAAGUGUACUACCUGAAACGCUUCUUCGAAGUAAAACGUGUUGUAUAAAUUGAUUUUGACUGUCUAAUCGGCGGUGGCGGAAAGCGUUGCACUUUACCUCUAAUAACAAACAUUUUAGUUUGCCAUUUUGUUGUAAAAAAACUUAUAUUCCUGCAUGGUCGUGGGAAUUUCAACAAAUUCAUCCUCUACACAAUGCGGUUUUCUCAAAUGUCAAACUUAAAUUUGCCACAUUCUUACUUGAAUAAAAUAUGUAACUCCGUAAACUUUUUAGACAAAAUAAAUUUAAGACUUAUAAAAA